UUUUUUGUACUGGCAACAUGAAAUCUAUAGUUAUCUAUGCCAUGAAUUGGCCUUGAAUCAUUUGCAUUGUACAAGUAAAUAGUUCUCAUAACUAGGUGGAAUAAAAAGUUUCUUAUUUUUAGAACGAAUUUCAUCGUAAUACGAGCAACUCAAGAUGGAUACUUCAACGCUGGAACAUGAGAAUCUAGGAAAAAAACACAAAAACUACAACGAAUUUCUACAUAAAGCACUCAAAGAUGAAACAAUCAUCAAAAUUGAAGACGUGGACUUUGACAAAAAUGAUCAAGACAAUUUACUGAUAAUAGAUGUCGCAUGUGAGAAAAAGAAUGUGGAAUUUGUACUUAAUAUUCUUAAGUCGGAAGAUAUGAUGUAUGUCUCCAGAGCGCUGCAGAAGAGUACCUGGCUAUUUACUGAUGACCAGUAUGCCCACAUCAUUAACCCACAAUAUGUACGGGAGCAACUUUUACCAGAAAUGUCUACAAAAGCCGGUCUGAAAUUAUUGAAAUAUAUCAGACGCUAUUUGAACAAUGAACCGCGCGUUGAACAGUUUUAUUUAAGCGAAAACAGGAUAAAAGAAGCACUUAAAUGGCUCCCGAAUUGCUCCAUCCCCUUUAUUAAGAAACACGUGAAACUACACGCAGAUAAGUUGGAGCCAAAGUUAUUCAAACGUCUCUGUGAAAAAUCUAUAAAAGUCUUCGAAAUAGUAAUAGGAAAUACUUAUUAUUCGUUACCAUGUUUUGACAUCGCAAAGUUCUUACUGAAAACUAAUACCGAUCAAUUUUUAGAUUUCUUAGAAGACACUAAAUAUUCGACAUCUUUACCUAAAUUUAAUGUUAAAUGUACAGAGUUACUAAUGAAAGAAUCGCGUGAUAGAAUCCUUGAAAAAUUCGAUAAAUACGUGAAUUUGAUAGAUAUUGCUACUUUUGCUAAGCAUAUAGAAAAAGAAAGUAUAAAAGAUUUUUUAUUAGAGCAAGCUAACAAAGCGGAAAGCGAUCGAAUAAAUUAUGAUCUGAGAAACUUUUUAAAAUCUCAUGAAAUAUCAUAUCUUAUUAAAAGAAUACCAAGAGAAGAACGAUUUGAUUUCGUAAAAACAGUUUUUAUUGACAACAUAGCUCAACAAAAGGAUAAUGUAAUCAUACCUUUCGACUCAGAAAUGUAUCGCAUGAAGAAACUAUCGCAGGCUUGUGGGUUAAAAAAACAUGAGUGGUAUCAAUUUGCUCCAUUUCAUAUAGCUUUUGAGGCAAUUACUAAAAUGAUGAAGAUGGAACCUAUUCCCGUUAAAAAGUAUCCAAUGUUAAUCACUCUUAUAUGUAUUGUAGGUAAAAGUGAGGAGAAUCUUCAAACUCUAUUAAAAUACUAUAUAAGCAACCAUAUUAAUGACGAAUACAACCUGAAAAACCAGUUCAUAAGCAAUCUCAUAAAAAAAUCCCCAGUUUAUAAAUAUAGUAAAAUCUCUUGGGAAAUAUUGAAUGAAAUAUUUAAGAGCAUGAAUGUUUAUAUAGAUAAAGAACAAGAUGUGCAAGACUGUGUUAUUUCAAUAGUCCUUCACAAUUGUUUGAACAACGAAGAAGUACCCGAAAUAAUAAUUAAAAAGUUUUCAUUUGAGACUCUUAAAUUUUACCGCAAUAAACUGAACAACGAAGAGCAAGAAAAGGUAUUUACGUUUUUGUAUAAUUAUUUAGUGCGUAAAAUUCAAAAACAAAAUGUUACCACAGAAACGGAACUUAAAGAAAUAUCAAAAACGUUGGAACAAAUGUUGAACCUACUUAACGAUUGGAAAAAAGAAUUAGUUGCUUACCCAUUUGUUCUGAAUAAAAUAAAAGAAAUAACAAAAAUCAAACACGAGAAUUCUUGGAAAGCAAGUCUUUCAGCAUUGUAUAAUAUUAAUAAAUCCUGGAGAAAACACAUGUUUGAAGAAUCUCUACUUUUGUACCCUUCUCAAGAUGUGUGUGUGAAUGCUUUGAAACACGACCCAGGAUUACUUUUGCGAUAUAAUCAGGAAGUAAAGCAGAUAUGUUACGAUGACAAUGUGUCUAUGAAAUUGUUACAUAGCAAGCUACGUAUUUACUGGCCCGAAUCUUUGGCCCUCGAUUGGGCAAAUGGAUACCGAGAACGUCUCAAGAAUUUAGAGGGCCACAAAGCUGUCGUACGUGGUUUGUGUGGCUUAAUACCUGAAAAGUCUCUAAUUGAUAUUAUUAAGAAUUAUGCACCAGAGGAAGCAAAGAUCAAUUGGAAAGAAAUCGAUGAAGUUACGAUUAGUUUGCGAAGACAUAUUGCUAAAAAUAUGCAUCUGGCACGACCUCAACUAAAUCCCAAUGCCAUUUUCUGGUAUGCCAAGGGUGAUUACUUACAGUACGCUCUUCCCUCCCUUCUCGCCGUGUUUUAUAAUAUGAACUCUGAUCUCAGUCGGGAAUUCAUACCGAAACUAUUAGAUGCUCCGGUAUCUGUACAAAAACAUGGUAUUCGUUUUGCCUUUCUGAGACUCGAACCAACAAAACUCAAAACAAUAUUCUUGAAUAUAUGGAACGAUUCCAAUAAUCCUAGUAUUCGUGCGGAGUUAUUUAAACAUACGUUUAAACUUCUCAAGUCUGAGGAGACUGAUAAAGUAGAAGAAGUGUGGACACUAUUGCAAUUAUUCAUAAAUAACUUAAAUCAUACAGAUGAUGCUAAACUAUUUGAUCUGCUAGUGCGUAUGGACGAGGUGCCGUCACUCAUCAGACCAAAUUAUAUUGUUACAUGUUACAAUGCCUAUAAACGUUUACGAGAACACUUUAUAACUGAUGGCGUUUACCGGUACGAAAGAAACAUGGAUACCUUAAUAGAAUAUUGCAAAUAUAUAAUAGAGUCUAUUGAUAAGGAAUUUAUUAGCCAAAUAAUAAAAGAUUACCUAAAUAAAAAGUUAUUUAACUUUGAAGGUGAAAGUGCAAUUGCAAUUGGCGACUAUAAUGAAAUGAUUAAAGUAGUUUCGGGAUAUCUGCUCUACGCAACGAGUAUAGAACAACAGACUGAACUAUAUGAAACUAUUUUGGACCCUGUCUUAACACGUUUAUUCGAAAACAAAACGAAUCUCACUAAACAGUCUAAUAAUUUACAAAAUUUAUCAACAUUACUUUUCAGGAUUUAUAUUGAUUUGAAAGAGUAUGUUCUGGAUAAACAUUUGAUUAUACCAUACAAAAUGUUUUGUUCUAUUCAACAGAAAUUAGAAUCAUUGCCUGUACCAGAAAACUACAAAAUGUUAACAAUGUGGAAAUUAGCAACAGCUUUGGCAAAACUGUUAAGCGAAUACGACACAACAUGCGAUUGGGAUGACAUAACAUUGGACAUAGCUCCAGAAUUUGCUAAUUUUUGUAGAUCUUAUUUGAAAGAAGAAGUGACUACGCGAUUUUCCUGUAUUUACGUUCUUUUCUCCAAUGUUCUACAUAAAAUGCUUAAUGCUAUAAUGUCUACCGACACUAUCUGUAAAAUUUAUGAAUGUAUGCUUAAAGACAAAGAUUUUGUUCAAGCUUUUCUGAGCGUAACAUCAAUUAUACCUGCCAAGUGCUACCUCACAUGUAGCAAUGAAGUGAAGUAUAAUAAAAUACAUACAAUCAUAGCAGAACGACCCGUGCCUGAAAUUAAAAUGCAUUAUUACAGCAGAUUUCCAACAUACGCCGAAGAAUAAUGUUUCAUUGAAUUCUGAAAUAACUAAUACACUAAAAUGUUGUUAUUUCAUUUAAUAAUUGAAAUAGAUAACCACGCAUUGAGGGCUUUUAGUAAAAGCUCUCAAUUAGUGUUUGGGAAUUCCCGGCAAUUUCAAAGUUCCGGGAAUUCCCGGAACUUCGAGAAAUUUAAUAAGAAAAAAAUGUUUUUGUUGUUUUUAGAGUGGUAAGCCCUUUAUAAAAAAUAAUUUAGUCAGUAUCUGGUGAAACGUUAAAAUGUUUUAAAAAAGGCAAUUCGUUGUAAAAAUCAACAUCAUUAAAUAGAAAAUUAAGUCUUAACCUAUUUAACGUUAAUUUCAGUCUUAGUAAUUGCUUUGUUCAUUUUUUUUAUCACCCAUAGAUUCACUUUAAGCUGUAAAAUCUUAUAACUAUAAAACGAACUUAGUUAAAAAUCAUACACAUUCAUGAUAACUUUACUUUUAUCUAGUAAUUCUACUAUCUAAUCAUUGAUCAUAAUUACAACAUUGUUAAUUCUCAUAAUGCCUGACUGACUGCAAACAAAAUAUUAAGAUAUUGUUGAGCUGCUUGGCCGGUUCUCAUUCACGUUACAACAAUCAUUUAGGCAAACAGAGACUACUAGAUAGUAUCAAAUUAGAUAAUAUGGUAAUAUUUAACAAUAGCGCGCGACAUAAGUUACUUGAAUGAAACACUUUCAUAAAUAAUGAACCUCAUAAAACGUUUCAUGAAUCCAACAUAUUUUAAUACGUGUGCAUACUAUUUUUUUAUGUAAUAUUUUUAUUUCAAUAAAUGUAUUUGUCAUU